GGGACUAGACGUGGCAUUCGGUGCCACAGGGACUUAGUCGCAUCGCUUGCAGAAUGAAGUGGGGUAAGGCCAGGUAUGUUACUAGGCACCUUUUCGUGCCAAUUAUGUUGGGAAAGAUUGAGGAAGUGGUUGAGGUAGGUCGGGGCCUUAACUGGGGUUCCUUUGCAUUUGUGGUCUCGUUUUCGGGUAAACCGCCUAUCGCAAACUAGACAGCGACCUUUCUGUUUUGUACAUGAUCGUAUGUGUUCGGUAAUAUGGCCAGUAUUAGAGACCUUGUCGCAGUGGGGACACUUGCGAGGUGCUUUCGGCAUAGCAAUAGAGUGCGUAAAGGGGAUUGUGUACGAGAGUGUGGUGAAGGAAAGCACAACUAGAGUUGUAGAAGAUAUUUGUAGCACGCGAAAGAACGCGACCGCGGGCUACACGCGGUCGGGGGCGGGGGCACGCGAGAGCACGCGACCGCAGGUCACCCCGCGGGCUGGGAAAAAGGUGGCAGGGGCACGCGAGAGCCGGCCCGGGAAAAGGGGGGCUAGAAAAAGGGUGGCGGCAGGCACGCGAGGGCACGCGACCGCAGUCUCCCCGCGGGCUGGAAAAAGGUGGCGGCAGGCACGCGAGGGCACGCGACCGCAGUCUCCCCGCGGGCUGGAAAAAGGUGGCGGGAGGCACGCGAGGGCACGCGACCGCAGUCUCCCCGCGGGCUGGAAAAAGGUGGCGGCAGGCACGCGAGGGCACGCGACCGCCGUCUCCCCGCGGGCUGGAAAAAGGUGGCGGCAGGCACGCGGGUGGGACACGGUAGCGUGCCCUCGCGUGCCUGCUGCCAACUUAAUUGAAUGA